AUGUUUUCUCUCGCGUGGCUUUCCGCCAUUGCUCUUUUCUCGUCUUCCAAUACCUUCGUUCACGGCCUCAAAUACACUCUUUCUGAAGUAGAUUAUAAUCUUAAUGUGAACAAGACAGCUACGAAUCCCCUCGACUACAGCGUAGAAGAACGAGCAAACUACACAGCCUCCCCGGAAAACUGGAGGUUUCCCUUCUAUACCGUCUUCCUAGAUCGUUUCGUCAAUGGCGACCCAACGAACGACAAUGCGAACGAGACGCUUUUCGAGACCGAUAUGAGGAGCACUCAGAUCCGCAACGGCGGUGACCUCCAGGGACUGGUGGACUCUUUGGACUAUAUCGCCGGCAUGGGCAUCAAGGGUAUCUAUAUCGCCGGCUCGCCUUUCAUCAACCAGCCAUGGGGCGCAGACGCAUAUUCACCGCUUGAUCUCACCCUUCUCGACAAGCAUUUCGGCAAUAUCACAAUGUGGCAGAAGGUCGUAGACGAGAUCCACGAACGAGACAUGUAUGUCCUUCUGGACAACACCAUGGCAACCCUGGGUGAUCUUAUCGGUUUUGAGGGUUACCUGAACACAAGUACGCCAUUCCUGGAGGAAGAGCACAAGGUUUCGUGGAAGUCAUCCCGACGAUACCCUGACUUCGACAUCGGCAACACCUAUAACAGUUCUUGUGAAUACCCCACCUUUUGGUAUGAAGAUGGCAAGUUGGUACCGUCGUCCGAGACCUCGGGCCUCAAGGGCUGCUACGACAGCGAUUUCGACCAGUAUGGUGACAUUGAAGCUUUCGGUGUCUUCCCCGACUGGAAACGUCAACUUUCGAAGUUCGCCUCCGUGCAAGACCGUCUGCGCGAGUGGAACCCUUCGGUGCUUGCUCGUCUGGAGCAUUUCUCGUGCAUGACCAUCGCCGCACUUGAUAUUGAUGGCUUCCGUGUGGACAAGGCCAUGCAGGUGACAGUGGAUGCGCAAGCCUCCUUCACCACCAAGAUGCGCGAGUGUGCCAAACAAUACGACAAGAAGAACUUCAUGGUGGUUGGUGAGAUCACAUCUGGUAACACACUCGGAUCCAUCUGGCUGGGACGUGGCCGCUCGAAGGACAUGUGGCUGGACGACAUCAACACUGCCCAGACCCUCGAAGAUGUCUGGGACGACGCUUCCACUGAUUCCAUGUUCCUUCGUCCGGCAGGAAAUUCUGGUCUCGACGCAGGAGCAUUCCACUACUCGGUGUAUCGAUUCCUGACUCGCUUUCUGGGCAUGACCGGAAACCUCGAGGCUGGCUACGAUCUGCCAACAAACUGGGUUGAAAUGUGGAACGAGAUGCUGUUGUCAAACGACUUCUACAACGCCAACGAUGGUCACUUCGACCCUCGACAUCUCUACGGUGUCACGAACCAGGACGUUUUCCGCUGGCCAGGAAUCGAGAAGGGAACACAGCGCAUGAUGCUUGGCUACAUGGUCACGACCUUUUUGUUGCCAGGCAUCCCGCUCGUCUACUAUGGGGAGGAGCAGGAACUGUACCUGGUUGACAGUACCGCAGGCAACUACGUUUACGGUCGUCAGGCCUUCUCGCCAUCCCAGGCCUUCAUGAGACAUGGCUGCUAUACUCUGGGAAGCACAAUUUACAACGACUGGCCCGCAACGAAGGCCACCCAAGGAUGUCAUGACCCAGCCCAGGCGUUGGAUCAUCGCGAUCCAUCUGCCCCAAUUCGGAACACCAUGAAGCACAUGUUCGCCAUGCGCAAGGAAUUCCCAGUUCUCGAUGAGGGCUGGCUUCUGGUCUCGCUCGCCAACCAGACAUCCUUCAAGUAUCCCAACGGCACUGCUUCUCAAACCGAAUUUGGCAUCUGGAGUGUUGCCCGAGCUUACAACACGGAAACACAAAAGAACGUCUCUGCUACUGCCGAUUCCAGCAAGCCUGUGUGGCUGGUCUACCACAACCAGCCUAACGAGACCACCUACGAGUUCGACUGCAAUGAUGCCGACACCGCCUUCAUCUCUCCAUUUGAUGCUGACACCAAGCUCCGGAACCUGAUGGACUCCACCGACACCUUGACUCUCGAGUCUUCUGCCAUCUCCAACACAAACUGGACCGGAACCAAAGCCUCAGCGGGCUGCCUCAGCAGCAUUACCAUGAAGCCGUACGAGUUCAAGGUCCUUGUCGCCGAUUCUCGAUAUGUAUCUCCAGGACCCAUGAUCACCAGGUUCUCACCUGGCCACGACCACCAGAUCGACUCGUCGGUCAACACCGCAAACGAGGUGGAUAUUGAGAUUGGCUUCUCAACCGAGAUGGAUUGCGACUCGGUCUCCAAGUCCAUCUCCGUGGUCUCAUAUAUCGAUGGCACAGGACCGCAGGAACUUACCACUAUGGGAACCGCAACCUGUACAAGCGUUGACGAGGGCAUCACCGGAGAUUUCACUGGCUACAUCCCUACGAUAUGGGUCUGGUCCGCUACCCUUUCCGGUGUCGUUGACGGAGUCCACAAGCUCACAGUCAAGGAGCCCGAGAGCACGGGUGGGGACUCAACUGCCAGCACCGACCACUUCCUCCUGAGACGAGGUCUGCCCAACAACCCUAUCGUUUUCCCUGAGAUUGCGAACCACUCAUCUACCCUCCUCCACGUGGCCAAUGAUGUUAUGUACGUCAACCACAGUGCCGCUGGUGCUUCCAUGUGGCGGUACAGCACAAACUUCGGGUCAAGCUGGAGCGACUGGACGGACUACACAGGCGAAUUCGAAAAGAUCACAUCUCAGACCUGGUCUGGAACCCUUGAUCAGGCAUGGUAUGGCAAGCACCUUAUGGUCCAGUACUGGAGUAAGCCACUGGGAUCAUCCGCCUUUAUCCAACAUGGAGACAGCACCGACGUCAAGUAUGCGCGACAGUUCCCGCACGUGUUCAUGCAUGGUGAUUACAACAUGUGGGGAUUUGACCGUGGAGCGGCGAGCGCCAUGACUCUCGUUGCUGACCACACCUGGGAAAUGCAUUUCAUGCGAGAGUGGCCCGCGUCGGUGCAAGUGAACAUCUGGGGUGUCAACCCCGACGGCCAGCCUGACACGACAUUCAUCUUCGGUGACGUUGAUCAGGACGGCAUCCUUGACAGGUUGUCUCCAAGCAGUCUUUCAACCAACGUCUUCAACAUGUCGGUUCCUGACUGGCCAGGCUUGUCCUACAAGUUGGUCGUCACCGAUUCAAGCUGGAAGAUCGAGGCCAAGCCAACUGGUACUGUCUACCUGCAAAUUUUCCUCUUCUUCCUGCUCGGAAUCCUCCCCAUCGUCUUGGCUGCCCUUGCCGGUUGGGUGUACGUCCGUGGCUUUUACCAGGUCAAGGUCAACAAGAGGGGUUUCAAGACAAGCCCCAAGAACUGGCUCUCCCUUGGCGCCAUCCUCAAGGGCGAUUCGAAUUCGGGCGAGAAGAAGGAGAAGUACAGCAUCGCCCUGCGGGCCAUGUCGCCCUCACCAUCCUCAACCCCAGUGCCUGCCAUCAGGGCCACCGGCGAGAAGAGGACGGUUUUGAUCGCAACCAUGGAGUACAACAUCGACGACUGGAAGAUUGGCAUCAAAAUUGGUGGUCUCGGUGUCAUGGCCAAGUUGAUGAGCACGGCACUGGACCACGUCAACCUGAUCUGGGUGGUGCCGUGCAUCGGUGGCAUUGAUUACCCCAUGGACGAGCCGGCAGAGUCGAUGUUCGUGCAAAUCAUGGGCGAGUCCUACGAGGUGCACGUCCAGUACCACAGGUAUAAGAACAUCACCUACGUUCUCCUCGACGCACCGAUCUUCCGUCAACAGACCAAGGCUGAGCCCUACAUCGCAAGAAUGGACGACGUCGAAUCUGGUAUCCUUUAUGCAGCUUGGAACAGCUGUAUCGCUGAAACCAUCCGCCGAUUCCCUGUUGACAUCUACCACAUUAACGACUACCACGGUGCUAUUGCUCCUCUAUACCUGCUUCCUCAGACCAUUCCCGUCCCUGAAGAGACCAAGGAGGUCUGCGAUGUGUUCGGCCUGCCCAUGGACGUUGUGAAGAAAUACGUCCAAUACGGUUCCGUUUUCAACCUUCUGCACGCCGGUGCAAGCUACUUGCGGUACCACCAACGUGGCUUUGGUGCUGUGGGUGUGUCUAAGAAGUACGGUGACCGGUCACUGGCUCGAUACCCUAUCUUCUGGAGUUUGAAAACAAUUGGACAGCUUCCCAACCCGGACCCUUCAGACACGGCUGCAUGGGAGCCCGAGAAGGACGAGGGAAGCAGCAAGAAGGACGGCAUCGAGGUCGACGCCGAGUUCGAGGCCGCGCGAGGAGAUCUCCGAAUGAAGGCUCAAGAAUGGGCCGGUCUUGAAAUCGACCCCACAGCCGAUCUGUUCGUCUUUGUCGGCCGUUGGUCUCUCCAGAAGGGUGUGGAUUUGAUUGCCGAUAUCUUCCCCAGCAUCCUGGAGAAGUACCCCAAGACACAACUUAUUUGUAUCGGUCCCGUUAUUGACUUGUACGGAAAGUUUGCUGCCCUGAAGCUUGCUAAACUCAUGGAGGUUUACCCCAAGCGGGUGUUCUCAAAGCCCGAGUUCACGCAGCUACCGCCUUAUAUCUUCAGCGGUGCCGAAUUCGCACUUAUUCCGUCGCGUGACGAGCCCUUCGGCCUCGUUGCCGUCGAAUUCGGUAGGAAGGGUGCGCUGGGUGUCGGUGCAAGAGUUGGUGGUCUUGGUCAGAUGCCCGGUUUCUGGUUUACUGUCGAGUCCAUGUCUCCUGCUCACUUGCUCGAUCAAUUCAGACACGCUCUCAAGGAAGCUCUGGACUCGAAGCAGCCUAAGCGAGCACUCAUGCGUGCAUGGAGCGCAAAGCAACGUUUCCCAGUCAAGCAGUGGAUUCACCAGAUCGACAGUCUCUACGACGAGUCGAUCCGUAUCUCGAACAAGGAGGCAAGCAAGAAGAAGAAGCUGACAAGCAGGUCAAUGUUAUCACUUAACACCGCGUCCCACCAGGAGGGACCCGACACGCCUGGCACAUCCAGGCCAACCACACCCAACACUGCCAGUGGGCUCCAAAUAUCAAUAUCCUCGCCACAAGCAGUGCGAAGCUCGCUGCUGCACAACGUCUCCCCCGAUAUUUCGACCGCUGGACUUCCCUCUCCCGGCCUGCGGUCGCCGAGCGGUGUUUCCUCUCCAAAUCUCAACACCCCCAAGUUCCCAUGGACCAACCUUGAGCCGGGAUCCGCGCGAAACUCGGCCAUCAGCGUGGCCAGUUUCGACAGCUUCGCCAUGCGCGCACAGGCCGAUGGCCCCAUGAGCCCCGGCCUGCCCGACUCGCGCGACUCUAUCGCGGGCCUACCCCUCCCACAGCCAAGUUUCUACCAACAGGGCAACCGCAACAGCAGUCAACUCUCCCUGUCGGAUGUCGUCGGCGAGCGGCAGGACAUGAAGCUGCAGAAGGUGGACCUGACCUUCAACGACACCAACGGCGAGUUCUACGCGGAAUUCGAGCAGAAGCUGUCAGCAAUCACGGCCAAGAACUCGCACACCGAGCUCUGCAUCGAGGAGUUCCUCAAGAAGAGCGAGAAGGAAUGGUUCCGGCGGUACCGGGACGCGAAGCUGGGCCGGCGCGACGUGAGCAGGGCGCGCAGCCCCAACGGCCUGGGUCUCAAGAGGCCCGAGAGCAAGGAUGGGAAGAGCAGAAAUUCGUCGAUUGUUAGCCGGGGAAGGCAGCGACAUCGCAGUAUUACUCCCCACAGCACCAUGACCUAUAUGAGUACGGAAGCGGGCUCACCCAGCGGACCAGAUGUUGAUGAUGAAUUCUUGCUGGGCAACGGCUACAAGGCGCCCACAGGUCUAAGGAAAAUCCUCUCAAUCAGGAUUGGCGACUGGCCCGUCUACGCGUUCCUGAUGGCGCUGGGCCAGAUCAUGUCGGUCAACUCGUACCAGAUCGUCUUGCUCACGGGCGAGUCAUCGCAGACUUCAGAGCAGCUGUACAUUAUCGGCUCCGUCUACCUGGUGGCGUCGCUCAUGUACUGGUUCAUGAUACGGAACCUGAAGUCUCUGUACGCCAUCUCUCUGCCGUGGUUGUUCUUCGGCCUGGCCUUCAUGCUGCUGGGUAUUGCGCCUUUCCUCGGUGACGGCACGGUACAAGGGGUGGUGCGGACUACCGCAACUGCUUUCUAUGCCGCCGGAGCGAGCAGUGGAGCCGUGAUGUUUGCGCUCAACUUCGGUGACGAGGGUGGCUCGCCAACACGUCAAUGGAUCAUUCGCGCCAUCAUCGUUGCCGGCAUCGCGUCCGUCUACUCGCUGAUGCUCUGGUACUGGGGUUCGCUGGUGGCCAUGUCCGCGGCCUCUGUGAACGCCUACGUCGUCAACACAAGCAUCCCCAUCGCCCUCGUGGUCUGUGUGCCCGUAGCUGUCAUGCUGUGGGCCGUCGGCAUCAUCCUCUUCCUCGGCCUGCCUGACUACUACCGCCAGUCCCCCGAGUCUAUCCCCGGCCUGUACAUCUCGCUCCUCCACCGAAAGCUCGUCCCCUGGUUCUUCGUCGCCAUCAUCAUCCAGAACUACUGGCUGUCUGCGCCGUACGGCCGCAACUGGCAGUUCCUCUUCGGCUCGCAGUACGUCCCCGGAUGGGCCAUCUUCAUACUCGCGCUGGGCUUCUUCAUCGUCCUGUGGACCAUCAUCCUGUACAUCUUCUCCCUCUUCUCGGACGAGCACACCUGGCUCCUGCCCAUCUUCGCCAUCGGCCUCGGCGCCCCCCGCUGGGCCCAGAUGUUCUGGGGUGUCUCCGGCAUUGGCUGGUACCUCCCCUGGGUCGCCUCGCCCGUCGGCUCGGCCAUCCUGUCGCGCUGCAUCUGGCUGUGGCUCGGCCUCCUCGACUCGAUCCAAGGUGUGGGUCUGGGCAUGAUGCUGCUCGCCACCCUGACGCGGCAGCACGUGCUGGCGGUGCUCAUCGGCUCCCAGGCCAUCGGAGCCGCCGUCACCAUGUUGGCUAGGGCGACGUGCCCCAAUGCCAAGUACGCGACCGUCACCUUCCCCGACUUCAGCCAGGGCGUCCUGCCCGGUGCUGCCGAGAAGUGGUUCUGGAUAUGCCUGGCGUUCCAGCUGGUCAUCCCGUUCGGCUUCUUCAAGUUCUUCCGGAAGGAGCAGGUUUCGAAGCCAUAA